AUGGAGACGAAAACCCCGCUUCGAGCGGUAGACAUCUUCGCCGCCCAUCUUCUAACUCAACUGCAGCAUCAUCGUUCCCGCUUCACUUCCUCCACCACUCCACCUCUAUUCGUAGCAAUGCAAGGUCCACAAGGAUCCGGCAAGACCACUGUGACUCGCUCUCUUAUAUCUCAUCUCAGCUCUACGGGGUUGAAAGUUGGUGUUUUGAGUACGGAUGAUUUGUACCAUACUUAUGCGAAUCUUAAGCGGGUUGCGGAGGAGAAUCCAAAUAAUCCGUUGCUGAGUGGCAGAGGACAGCCUGGCACCCAUGACGUUUCUUUGGGGGUUGAGAUCUUAGGUCAGGCGUACCGCAUCAAUGAAGAAGGUGGAGAGGUACGGCUGCCGGUGUUCGAUAAAAGUCUUUACAACGGGUAUGGAGAUCGUGCCCGAUCAUCUCAAAGUCCAGUGCUGAAGGGUCCGCUGGAUAUAUUCAUCUUGGAGGGCUGGAGUAUGGGUUUCUCCCCUAUCCCAUCCUCCCUCGUCUCCGAAAAACAGAAAUCCUGCCCACCAGAUGCACCACUUAAACGCUACACCCUCGAAUCGCUCCAACAAAUAAACACGAACCUAACAACCUACACCGAAUGGUACAACCCCUUUACAGUCUUUCUCCAGAUCCAACCUACCGAUAUCAACAACGUUUACAUCUGGCGGACUCAACAAGAACACCACAUGAAGGCUAGCAAUGGCGGGAAAGGGAUGACAGAUGACGAAGUGAGACGUUUUGUUGACAGGUAUAUGCCUGGGUAUCAUCUCUUUCUAGACACAAUACGAGAGGAUGCAAGGUGGAAGGGGAGGAGUAAGACGGUCACUAUUGAUCUAGAGAGGAGUGUGGUGGGUGUUGAGGAUUGGUAG